CUUGCUGUUCGUAUUUGGAGUAUUCAAUGGCGGAAACGAACGUGUGUGAACUUAGGAACUAAAUUGAGGGAGAUCACAGAGCUCUCGGCUUGUUUUAAACAUGCCGCAUGUAAACUCUAGUGGUGGAGAUGAUCUAGCAUCCACUGAUGAAGUCAAAGUGUAUAAGGAUGAAGGAGAAGAGGAGAAAAGAUCGAGUGAAAAUUUGUCAGAAGAUAAACUGGGAUUGGUGACUGAAACGGAAGAGGAUAAAACUUCUACGAUAGACCAAAACUACCAGAAAAACGGAGGCCAGUCUCAAGAUGGGAAGUCCAGUGAACAAAUGCCUCCUGAACAACGAUUUGGACCUUUUAACUACUUAGUGCCCUACCCCUAUCAUAACCUCAAUGGUGCUGCAGUAUCAAAUAGUUUGGGUUCAAAAAUGCCACUAUUACAGCCUCCAGGUGCGCUGGGUGCCCUGAUGAUGUAUAACAAUGAACACUUUACUCCCCCUCCCGCACAUAUGGGUAUCCCUCCUGUACAUAUAGAUCCAAAAACAGGGCUACCCCGUCAUCCCAUGUAUCCUCUGCCCCCACCCCCAGGCCAAUUUAGUCACCCCUACUCUCCAGAUUCAGUGCAAUGGAACCGGCCAUUAUAUCCGAUCACAACUUCUUAUCCAGGACCCUACCCAACGUCACUGGUCUCGUCACCGACGUUGUCACGGUUUACAUCGCAGGGUCUCCUCCACCACCAUCCGGGACUUCCUCCCCCGGGCUUGGCACAUCAUCCUCUGCUUCAGGGUCAUAAGGACCACCAUCUACCCCCACAUUUACAAUCAGAUGAAAAUCAAAGGCAUCCGGGUUACCAUGAUGGGGGAGAGAAAAAUACUGAUUCAGAUGUUGAACCCCCUACCAAGAAAAAGAAUCAUAUCAAAAAGCCUCUCAAUGCGUUUAUGCUCUAUAUGAAAGAACAAAGGGCACAAGUGAUUGCAGAGUGCACUCUUAAAGAGUCGGCUGCGAUCAAUCAGAUCCUCGGCCGCAAGUGGCAUGCCCUGGAUCGAUCAGAGCAGGCCAAGUAUUAUGAGAUGGCUCGUAAAGAGAAGGAGCUACACAUGCAGCUCUACCCUGGUUGGUCAGCUAGGGAUAAUUAUGCAAGUCAUGCCAAGAAGAAGAAACGAAAAAGAAGCUCAAUGGAAGAAAAUAAAGAUUGUUUAAAUCCUAAAAAAUGUAGAGCACGGUUUGGCUUAGAUCAGCAAAGUCAAUGGUGUAAACCAUGCAGGAGGAAGAAAAAGUGUAUCCGUUUCCUAGGUGAUGAUAGUGAUGAUGAGGAAUGUGACAAUGUCAGUAACAAAGAUGGCACUGAUGUCUCAGACUCAUCCCAGCCAACAAGCCCCGCGGACACAAUUGGCUCUAUUCCCUCACAGCCAGAUUACCCUCAAUCAAACAUUAAGAGAGAGGGCAAUGAGCCAGGGUCUAGUGGUAACACGGGGCACACAACUAUGGCUGAGCUCAAGCCAUUGCUGGCCAACACCAUACCACCGCUGGGAACAUAAUUAACACACAGGGGCGCUCUCCAGAAAGGAGGUGAAAAUAUUUGCAGGAAUAUUUCACAAACAUUUGAUCUAAUCUGGAGGCAUACCCUGAUUUGAUCAAUGACCUUGUAAAUAAUCAUCUCUCAUUUGUACGAUAUUCACCUGUUUCAUCAUAUAAUAUGUAUAUGUUUUAUAUAUGGUCUUUUUACGGCCAUUUUAGAUUGUAUUAUCUGAAUGGUCGGGAGCAGAUAUAUACAGAAACUCAGAUGGAAUAAUUGUAUAGAUCUAUGGCUACUUCAUGUUGAUCUCAAAAGAUGGCACUUUUGUCCAGUAGCAAAAAACAUUGGACAUCAAUGUCGGCAUAAAAAAGACUUCAUGGAAUAAGUUGAAUUUUUAGUAACCAAACUUUUCACUGAAAUAAUUUAUACUAAAAUAUAUUUUAUCCUGCAUUUCAAUUCAAUAGAUGUUAUUUUAUGAGAAAACUCAGUUAAGGAGCAUAGCCUACAUUUGUUUUUGAAUGUCUGGGAACCAAUUAGAAAACACUAUUGUUGAAUUUUUCUUUUCAUGAAAUUGCCAUAGCUUUGGGUUUUAUGCAUUUAUGACAUCUCCUAUAUGCCAAAUACUAUGUUAUGUCAAUCUUUGAAGAGUUUGCCAUUGUGACAUUGUUUUCUCUAUAUAAGUAAACACAUUCACAUGUAAAACUUAGAGGCAGUCCUGUGUUGAAUGUUUCAGGAAAACAUAUUUUGGACUUGGGUUAGAAAAUAUCCUGUAAUUCCUUGUAGUUAUUUUAGAAAAUAUAUUUUGUGCCCCAAAGAUGGAAAUGACUGCUUCUACAUUUGUAAGACAUUUUGUGUUAAAAUGAAUCUUGAACCAUGUUCACAAACAUUGAAAUGAGCAAAGAUGAUGUUUAUCUUAAAAAAACAAUGAAAAAACGUUAAUUUGGCACAGUGCUUAGUUUAUUUUUUAGAGAAACUGUCUGGAUUAAAUAUGAAUGACAUAGGAAAUUAAAUAUAUCAAGUACAUGUUCUGUACAUGUAUAUUUUACUGCAGUCGUAUUUCAAAUUGUAGAUUCAAUUUAUAAUUUAAAGUGGCGAGUUUUCAAUACAAAAAAUCUGGCUUAUUUUAUAAUCAUCUUAUAUGGUGAAGAAAUAUGUAAACUUUGGAGACUUUAAUUUUAUCUCUAGAUGCAUGCAUUAAAUGUUAUAUUGUAUGAUUUCGUGUACACAUAAAGUUGUGCUUGUAAUUAUGUUAAAAUGCUCAUUACGGAAACUUAGUGCCUUUACAAAGUUGAAGUUUUCUAUGUACAAUUUGUAUCUGUUGUUUUGUCAGAGUAACACAAAACCAAAAUGGUCUACAUAUUUCAAUUUUAUCAAAAUAAUCGUUCUUUUAAUGUAUAAUAUUUAAAGAUUACAUUUGAAUGCGAUAGGUUUAGUGUUAUUUAAGAGAAGAAAUGUAUGUGUUCCAACUUUUGGAAUAUUUUUGAUAUCAUAAACAAUGAAGUUUAUUAUUAGAAAAUAAAGCCAGAAAAGGUGUCUAAAGAAUGUUCAGAAGUUUCCAAAGCUCAACUUGUGAAUUGGCAGAAAAUUCCAGUUUUGUUAUUAUUAUCAUUUUGUUUGUUUUGAUAAGACAACAGAUAUUUUUAGUAUGAACUGUCUAUGUUUCAACUAAGUUCAUACACAUGCACCUAGACUUGUAUAAAAUACACUAGGCAGGCUAAAGCACAGCCUCCAACAAUGCUUCAAGUGAAGCUGGUACCUACUUCAUGGACAGGGGCCAGUUGCCAAGUUGGUAUAUUUUGUACACUUUACUGUGGCUUGAGUUCCAGACAGUUCAACUUAACAGUGGAAUAUUACAUUGAAAUAACAGUGAAAUAAGUUAAACUUCAACACUGGAAAUGAAUCUUUUAUUGAGCAUUUGGAGGAACUAAAGUUUGGGAUUUCAUGCAUCAUGUUAAUGAUGUUAAGAUUUAAUUUACAAAUUGAAAAUCCAAGAGUGCAGUUAGGAUUAGGAAACUGCCCCCUGUAUCAAUGCACUAUAAAUGUAUGCAUUUGCAGUUAAGUGGCCAUGGAAUUAUUUUUACAAAAUCAUUGUAAAGUAAUUAUAAAAACAUGCACAUGUAGAAUGUUUUCUCAUAUACUGACUCUGAAACUCCACACAUGUGGAAUGUUUUCUGUUACAUUAUACUUUGAAAGACACACGUGUGGAAUGUUUUCUGGUGCAUUGU